UAUUGAUCAAGAAUAGAGUAAUAUUCUUCCAAAUAUGCGUUUUUCUCUAAAUCUUGUCUGUCUUUUUGCUUUUCCCCUAGUUAUAGGGGCUUUUGCCAGUAGAGCCAAAGACUUGCCUUUUAAUGUCAACUAUCAUAUUCUGUUUGGAAAUGAACAUGUUGUGUCCUUCAACAGAGGAAGAGAACUUCAGAUUUCAAUGGACAAAACCUCUGGAUCUGGCUUUGGAUCCAAGGCGAAUUAUGGUUCAGGCUUCUUUCACAUGAGAAUAAAGCUACCAGAUAGAGACUCUGCAGGAGUCGUGACUGCUUUUUAUUUAAGAUCAAAUACAAAGAAUCAUGAUGAGGUAGAUUUCGAGUUUUUGGGCAAUAGAGAAGGUAAACCAUAUACGUUGCAGACGAACGUAUUUGCAAAUGGCCAAGGAAACAGAGAGCAAAGGAUGCAUCUUUGGUUUGAUCCAACUGCAGAUUUUCACAACUAUAAAAUCCUAUGGAACCAGCAUCAGAUAGUGUUUUUUGUGGACAAUAUACCAUUUAGGGUGUUCAAAAACAAGGCAAAUAUUGGAGUGAAUUACCCAUCAAAACCAAUGCAAAUAUUAGCUACAAUAUGGGAUGGAGAUAAUUGGGCAACAGAUGGAGGAUUAACAAAGACCAAUUGGUCAUUUGCACCUUUCAAAUCUCAUUUCCAAGAUUUCAAUAUUAUUGGCUGCCCAAUUAGUUCCAUUAAUACUAAUUGCAAUUCUCCUAAUUUUUGGUGGAACCAAAAAAAAUAUUGGAAGUUGAGUUCUAAACAAAGAAAAAAAUAUGAAGAAGUUAAAGCCAAGUAUAUGACUUAUGAUUAUUGUGUUGAUAAGUCUAGGUUUUCUACUCCACCCCCAGAAUGUUUUUCAUAAUUGUAUAGAAAAAUAGUACAUGCACCUAUAAUAAAUACUUUAAUUUUUUUUUCAA